UGGUGGUGGCGGUGUCGCGUACGCGUUGCCCGUACGUCGGACGAGGAGAGGGCCGGAGCUGCUCGCGCCCGUCGGCUUUGAUAACAGCGGGUGGCUCGUCGUCGCGACAGUCGGAGCCGGUCGCUCGUCGUGUGAGCGUCGUCACGUUGGCGUUUCUCGCGCAUCUGAACGACGACGCGAACUAUCAACCGCUCGCUCGCUCGCUCGCGGUCGCUCUUGACACGCCGCUCGGCAUUCAUUCAUCCGUCGGUCCGCAUCGCGGUCGCGGUCAGUGCUUUGUCCGUAGUUUUGUGCGCGACCCGCGAGUGUCAACCAAGUGUGUCCUGCAGUGUGUGAUUAACGAUGAGCGCGGCAACGAGAGAUAGGACUGCGUCGCAGUUUGAUUGAUACGUUGUUCUUCACGACGGCGAAUUUCACGGCGGCGAUGUCGAUUUAGACGGUUGCUGGUUUGGAAAUCUUGGAGAUCUCUCGCUUUCCCGCGCAUAUUCCCCUGCAUACGUGGGAGGUCGAAGUUUUCGCCGAUAAUCCGACUUAGCAUCUGCCGCUUAACAAGGCAAGUAUAAUUAUCGGGAAUACGAGGAGGACCGUUUUGUGAGCAGAUAUCCGCUUCGUAAGGAGCCUCCCGGAGCUGAUAGAACCUGGUCGGUUCCUAAGAUUGGAGUAAAUUGACAUUCUUAUGGAGAUGCGCUCAUCAUACAUCACGAGAUCGCUAUAAUUGACUAGCGCACUCGCGCACAGUUGGCAUUUACCGAGCUCUCGCUGUAUCCAAAAACAAGAAACUCACCAGUGGAAGGAAGCCACGAAGGAGCGACGAAGCGAUACGAGAAUGCGGUGACGUUGGGAAACUGCCUGACCGACAACUUACAUAUCGUAAUGCACAUAUGCGGAUUAUUAAUUAAAACAUAAAAAUCAUAUCCAAUUUAUGACGCUAAUUCAUACUGAUGCAAGACCAUUUCGCCGUUCUACGUUGACGCAACGGCAGCAAGAACCAAAUGCGACAUAUCGAUUGCUAAACGUAUCAUCUUACGUCAUAUUAAAACUCGUGGUAGACGUCUGCCCGACGGUACAUAUCUCGAACUACUGCAAAAUUAGUUUCGCACAAUUUAGAGAUCUGUUUUAUUUCAUCCCGUGUGAUCUAUCACGACAGCGUCGAGGGAGAUCAACUUUGAAGAACACUCUCGCCGAAACGGACGAUAAAACGCAUAUAUACUGUCACGGAAAGUUAUCGAUGUUGCACGCCAGUGAUCGUCAGUCAUUUCGAUUAGGAUAAAGUAUUCUCCGGAGCCGAGGCUCUUGCUCGCUGAAAUUCCUGGCGCGAUUGCUCGUGAAAGGAACGCGUCUCCCGUGAAUCUCCUCUCUCUCUACCCGGGCGUUUAAUUAGCGUCCUCGAUCGUGUAGAAAGGAGGAACUAGCCUGGGCGCCCGGACCUUUCGACGUCACACGGCGAGAGUCGACCGGCGAGGGAGGUUGAAGAGGGGCGAGAGGAUGUUGCUGAGGUAACACGACAUUUCGAGGCCGCACGAGAAGUACGAUAAUCGCAGCGCGGGAAGGUGUCGAUCGCAGCAGGCGCAUAAAGGAAGGAUCGAAGAGCGGCGGUAGGAUGGGUUUCCCCAGGAGAAGGUCGCUGUGGUUGAAGGUGGCGGUGCUUGCGACCGCCGUGUGGGUGACCGUCUGUUUCCUGCUCUACACGGAGGAUCGGGCGGCGGCGGCCUCCAUCCAGGGAUUGGCACCGUCGGGCGUCGCGAUGCCGCAGCAAGCGGCGAAUGGCUUUGUGCCGCCUGCGGCGCCGUUUAGAAAAGAGACAACCGGCAAUGUGAUCAGCAACAGGGUGAAGAUCAAUCAAGCCGGCCCGGAACAAGAUCCCAUAGGUGGUGGAGUGCUGGCUUUACCACGGGAGCCGGAUGCUGGUGCACCCGGUGAGAUGGGCAGGCCUGUAAUAUUGCCGACCAACAUGUCCGCACAGACGAAGAAGCUGGUGGACGAUGGCUGGCUCAAUAAUGCGUUUAAUCAGUACGCCAGUGAUCUAAUCUCCGUGCAUAGAUCCUUGCCUGAUCCACGCGAUCAAUGGUGUAAGGAGCCCGGUAGGUACUUGAAGGACCUUCCGCCUACAGCGGUAAUUAUCUGCUUCCACAAUGAAGCUUGGUCCGUGCUGUUGCGCACAGUGCAUUCCGUGCUGGACAGAUCGCCGGAGCAUCUCAUACAAGAAAUCAUUCUGGUGGACGAUUUCUCCGACAUGCCUCAUCUCAAGCGUCAGCUGGAGGACUACAUGAUGAAUUAUCCGAAGGUGAGAAUUAUCAGGGCAAAUAAACGAGAGGGUCUUAUCAGGGCGCGGCUGUUGGGCGCCGCGGCGGCCAAAGCGCCGGUACUCACGUACCUGGAUAGCCAUUGCGAAUGUACCGAGGGCUGGCUGGAACCUCUUCUGGAUCGGAUCGCGCGUGAUCCGACGACGGUAGUUUGUCCGGUGAUCGAUGUUAUAGACGACACCACCCUGGAAUACCACUGGCGCGACUCGGGUGGCGUAAAUGUCGGUGGAUUCGAUUGGAAUCUCCAGUUCAAUUGGCACGCGGUGCCAGAGAGGGAGAGAAAGAGGCACAAAAACCCGGCCGAACCCGUUUGGUCGCCAACGAUGGCUGGCGGCCUCUUUUCGAUAGAUCGGGCAUUCUUCGAACGGAUCGGCACGUACGACAGCGGCUUCGACAUCUGGGGCGGCGAGAAUCUUGAGUUAUCAUUUAAAACCUGGAUGUGCGGAGGCACUCUGGAAAUCGUGCCCUGCUCGCACGUGGGUCACAUCUUCAGGAAACGUUCGCCUUACAAGUGGCGCAGCGGCGUGAACGUGCUCAAGAGGAACAGCAUAAGGCUGAGCGAAGUGUGGCUGGAUGAGUACGCCAAGUACUACUAUCAGAGGAUAGGUCACGACAAGGGGAACUAUGGCGACGUAUCGGAGCGAAAAGCUCUUAGGAAGAAACUGGGGUGCAAGUCGUUCAAGUGGUACCUGGACAACGUUUACCCGGAACUCUUCAUUCCGGGCGAAGCGGUCGCCUCUGGAGAGAUACGGCAAAUCACUAGCGGAAUGUGUAUAGAUUCAUCAGGGAAAACCGAAGACCUACAUCAGCCGGUGGGCAUGUAUCCCUGUCACCGUCAAGGCGGCAAUCAGUACUGGAUGCUCAGCAAGACGGGCGAAAUCCGCCGAGACGAGUCGUGCUUGGACUACAGCGGCAGCGACGUUAUUCUCUAUCCUUGCCACGGAAGUAAGGGGAAUCAACAAUGGAUCUACAAUCCUCAGACUAAUCAUAUCAGGCACGGUAGCAGCGACAAGUGUCUGGCGAUCACGGAGAGCAAGCAGCAACUGGUGAUGGAGGAGUGCUCGUCCAGUGCCCCGAGACAGAUGGUCCUUCGAUGGUCCUUCGAGAAUUACGACGCAUCGAAGCUGUGAUACCGCGCUUUCUCACGCCGUCAUUCGCACAAUCGCGGUCACGGUCCCGAGCGCGCCGGGUCUUGGCUGCCAGGAAAACGAUACUCGAUCGCCAAGACCCGCUUCGGCAGAUAAAUCUCGGCGGAUUCCGUCAGAAAUCGCAAAAACGAUUACCAGCGGAAGACCGCUGGAGACCGGCUUGAUCUGGGUCCGACUCAAGCUCCACGCGUUUCCUCGAUGCUCAUCGAGGAACGACC